AUGUUGGGGCGAAGUCUGCGGUGCGUUGGCGUCCGCACGUUCAGCUCGAAUGCUGCAUCGUCGGCGGGUAUCAUUGAGUUGAUCAAGCAAGGACAAGCGGAUGUGGCACUGGACGCGCUCGAAGACGCAUCGAGUUCCCGUCCUGACGACUGGGAUAUCACAGACGCUUACGGAUCGACGGCACUCACAUUGGCGUCCCGAGGUGGCCAUCUCUCGUUAUGCCGCGCUAUCUUGCCGCAUGUGACUUCAUCCGUGUUGAAUCAAGCCAACAUGUUUGGAUCCACAGCUCUCAUGUGCGCUUCCGCUUCAGGGCAUGGAGAAGUAUGCAAGGUACUGCUGGCUGCUGGGGCUGACGUCAACAUCAAAACACGGUACGGGUCGACAGCGCUCAGCAAAGCGGCGGAAGCAGGACAUGCUUCUAUCGUAGAUCAGCUGCUGGCUCACGGAGCGGACGCCUCGCCAAACGUGAUGGGGAAAACACCGUGGGAUUUGGCGGCAGAGAAGGGCCACGCUAUUUUACCUCCAACUGACGUGUCGACGCCAUCCCAAUCUAACGCCGUGGACGACCAAGAGCUAGACACCACUCCGGCACGUGUGACGCGCAUUUUGAGUCCCAUGCACGUCGAGUGCGAGCUUCCGGAUGGAUUUACGGUGGUUGUUACCAAACCAGACAAUGUCAUGGUCCCCGUGCGCGGACAAAAACCGACGGGCGAAGCAACGCUGCCUGCAUCCUCGGCGCUCCUUUGA